GUGUUUUAGAUCACCGGGAAUUCUUCGUUUACAAAUAACAGGACACCGACCUCCCCGCCCCUCGGUCCUGGUAAAGUCGCACCGGAUGUGACGUCAGACAACAACAUAACAAUAGGAGUCCGCAGAGGUGAGUGACAGCAGCGAAUAGCCGGCCGGUGUUUAUGGAGUAAAAUAAUUGAUCUAUUACAGAAUUGGAACAUUCCAGUCCUACGAUGCAGAUUUAGGAGUGGUAGUGCAAGAACCGCAGAUCCGCCAUGUCUACCUUAAACAGUCUGGAGGGCCCCUCGGAGCUGCCGGGGGAGGACUGUGUCAGCUUUUGUCUGUCUGCCAUGCCUGACAUUAAAGUAGAACAUGUUAUGGACUCGAGCACAGAAGAAGGCCAGGCUCAGAAUGUGGCAAUGGGAAUGAAGUUCAUUUUGCCAAACAGAUUUGACAUGAAUGUCUGUUCUCGCUUUGUGAAGUCUCUAAAUGAAGAAGACAGUAAAAAUAUUCAAGAUCAAGUCAAUUCAGAUUUGGAAGUAGCUUCUGUCUUAUUUAAAGCUGAAUGCAAUAUACACACUUCACCGUCUCCGGGUAUACAAGUUAGACAUGUGUACACACCAUCAACAACAAAGCACUUUUCUCCCAUCAAGCAGUCUACUACACUGACAAAUAAACAUCGAGGCAAUGAGAUAUCGACCACCCCGCUGCUAGUGAAUUCCCUGUCUGUUCAUCAGCUGGCUGCUCAAGGGGAGAUGGUCUAUUUGGCAAGCCGACUUGAACAAGAAAGUGUGAUUAAUCUCACAGAUGAAGAAGGCUUUACUCCUUUGAUGUGGGCUGCAGCACAUGGGCAGAUUGCAGUGGUGGAAUUCCUUCUACAAAAUGGGGCCGAUCCUCAAAUCCUUGGAAAAGGACGGGAAAGUGCCUUGUCACUAGCUUGUAGCAAAGGUUACACGGAUAUAGUAAAAAUGCUGGUGGAGUGCGGAGUAGAUGUCAAUGAAUAUGACUGGAAUGGAGGAACACCACUGCUGUAUGCUGUACAUGGGAAUCACGUGAAAUGUGUGAAGAUCCUGUUAGAAAAUGGAGCAGAUCCAACCAUUGAGACAGACUCUGGAUACAACUCCAUGGACCUGUCUGUAGCUCUUGGCCACAGGAGUGUUCAGCAAGUCAUUGAGAAUCAUCUCCUUCAGCUUCUCCAAAGUAUAAAGGAAUAAUGGACCAUUGUACCUAA